UUCAAGAUGGCGCUGGACUGUGGCAACCGGGACGCCGCCGCCGCUCCGAGCUAAACGGCGAACCGGGAUUUAACUGCGUUGGAUCGGCGCGGGGCCCUCUCACACCGUGCGGGGCGGGACGGCUGCUUUUUAAACGACACGAAUAAAUAAACCAAUAAACAUGCUAACCCCGGAGAGUGUCAGUUAACGCCGUAACGAGCCCGUGCUAAAAUGGUAGCCCCUUCGCCCCAGAACAACAAAACCUCCGGAGCUCGGCCGAACAACGACUCGCAGCCGCAUUCGAGGCCCGCGGUCGAGGCUUGUUCGGCGUAUUGAAGCGUGGUCAUGGAAACGGGGGUCGGAGGAGGACCGGUCAGCGUGGAUCUGAACGAGAAUGAGGAGGCGAUAAGCGGCGGGGACGGGGGGAAAGAGGCGGCGGUGGUAGCGGCUUUGAAGGCGUACCGAGCCGGUGUCAGCGGCGGCGGCGGGGGUCAGGAAGCGGGGAAGGGUCAGCUCUGUGUGACCGCUGGGGACCGGGCGGAUGUAAACACUGCGCCCGCACUGCUCCAGGGCGGGUCGACCUGGGAACAAAGAAACGACGUCAUGCUGGACCUGGACAAGUGUCUCGCGGACCGGCUCACAGAGAGCUGUGUCAUUUCUGGGAUCUGCGCUGACCACACCGGCCUCAACGGGUUUCUUGAGUCACCCGGUCAAGAGGAGGUCGAAGAGAGAGAAGAAGAGACAGGAGAAGAAGGAGGAGGAGGAGGGAUGGAAGCAGAAGAAGAGAGCGGGUUAGGUUUGGACGCUUUAUGCUCCGCUAAAACAUCCGAUCCCGAUUUGGAUGAUAUUAUCGGCGAAAUCUGGGACCCGCACGUGGAUUCGCCGUUCCCGGACGCGUUCCACGACUUGCCGAACGGUGACGUCGGAAACGGAUGCUCACCUGCUACGACUGAACACACACAAACUGCUUGGAAGUCAUGUGACGAAAUGAAAUUAGCCAAUGGCGGUUUGCACAUUCUAAGAACAUCGGAUAGCGGCGAUAUGGAGUUAGGUCAAAGCAGGGACUUCUCUACGUUGACUGAAGAUGCGCUCAAUUCCGAAAUUUGCUAUAACAGCUCAAUAACAAGUGCCAUACUCAAUUGCCCAAUCCCUGAACACGAUGUGAAUCACGAUAGCGCGUUAUCCGAAGAGGACGAGGAUAUCAGCGAGCUCAGUUUACCCAUAAGGCCGCAGACUUUAAGGACUAACCUAAACCUGUCGGUGUCUCUGAGCUGCGACGCCACGCCCCUUUCUCCCGACGAGGAGGAGGCGGGGUUUUACUACGGCGAGGAGGGCUACGGGAGCGAGGACUUCCGGAGCGCUCUGGAGGCCGGGCGGAGGCAGAGCGCUCCAGACAAACUCCCAGAUCUGAUCGGGCAAAGCGACGGGCAAGACCCCAAGCUCAUGCCAAAAAGGUUCGGCAUCGCAGAUUUCUUCACCAGGAGCCUGUUUUCUAGGAAGCCCAAAGAGCCCAAGGCGGCGUCCCACAAUGCAACAGGCUGGAGACUGUUCAGCAAAGCGCCAGUGAAAGACAGUGAUCCCACCAAACACGCAGACGAUGCCCCUCCUCAGGAGGAGCAGCAGAAGGAGCCCAGUGGAACCCCGUCCUCCCAGAGCUCCUCCUCUUCAGCUCGAAGGAAGAACCUGGAGUUUGAGCCUCUGUCCACCACAGCGCUCAUCCUGGAGGACCGACCCUCAAACCUGCCAGCCAAGUCCAUGGAGGAGACCCAGAGACACAAGCAGGAGUAUGAGGAAAUGGUGGCAGGAGCCAAGAGGAGAGAGCUGAAAGAAGCCCAGAGGAAGAAGCUGCAGAUGAAGGAGAGACAUCGUCAGGAGGAUAGUAUCUCCAACGCCAUGGUGGUGUGGAACACAGAGAUCCUGCCGCACUGGGACUCUAUGAAAGGCACCAGGCGUGUGAGGGAGCUGUGGUGGCAGGGCCUUCCUCCCAGUGUGAGGGGCAGAGUGUGGAGCCUGGCCAUUGGGAACGAGCUCAACAUCACUCCAGAGCUGUAUGAGAUCUUCCUGUCACGAGCCAAGGAGAAGUGGAGGAGCUACAGCGAGACGAGCUCCGUGAACGACAGUGAGAGCGCAGAGGGAGCAUCUUUAGCAGACAGAGAAUCCAGUUUAGACCUCAUCAAACUUGACAUCUCCAGAACAUUUCCUUCUCUGUUCAUCUUCCAAAAGGGCGGUCCAUACCACGACCUUCUCCACAGUGUGCUGGGAGCCUACACCUGCUACAGACCUGACAUUGGCUAUGUCCAGGGCAUGUCCUUCAUCGCUGCAGUUCUCAUUCUGAACCUGGAGGAGGCAGACGCGUUCAUCACCUUCGCCAACCUGCUCAACAAGCCCUGUCAGAUGGCCUUCUUCAGAGUGGACCAUGAGCUGAUGCUGAAGUACUUUGCCGCCUUUGAGGUGUUCUUCGAGGAGAACCUGCCUCGUCUCUUUAACCACUUCCAGAGCAACAACUUGACCCCUGACCUCUAUCUCAUCGACUGGAUCUUCACUCUGUACAGCAAGUCCCUCCCCCUGGACGUGGCGUGCCGUGUGUGGGAUGUGUUCUGCAGAGAUGGCGAGGAGAGCCUGUUCCGGACGGGGCUGGGUAUACUGAGGCUCUACCAGGACAUCCUGCUGCAGAUGGACUUCAUUCACAUCGCACAGUUCCUCACCAGGCUCCCCGAGGAUCUGCACGCUCACACGCUCUUCCACGCCAUGGCCAACACGCACAUGAUCAGUCGGAACCGUCGAUGGACACAGGUGUUCUCCGCGUUAAUGAAAGACGGGGGUAAAGAGACGGACAGAAACAGCAGCCCGGCGCUCAGAAGCUAACAGCGGCUAACGUUCCAGAGAAGCUAACGCCGCUAACACUAACGCUAGCUCCGACGCCCCCUCUGACACGUGAACUGAAAGUGGGGCGUCCGGGCUCCGCAGCGGCAGGUGAGGCCUCCUGUCCAAAGCCCCGAGGAGCAGCUCCAAACGGCCGCGGGUUCUGUUGUGGUCGGAGAGCCACGGGCCGCCCUCACGCCGCGUCAGGGCAAACGAACCGCGCGGGACUCCAUGUUGUAAUGACCUGUAUUUGACGUGUUUACAUGCACUUGAGAACGGUUGAAAAAAAUCUUUUAAAAUUUUUGAAAUAUGUAAUUAUUUUUUCAUUAGUUUUAUUUUUUCAUUAGUUUUAUUUUAAUUUUUUUUAAGCAAUGUUAAAUAGAGUCCAAGAGCACUAACAAAUAAGCAGGGACUGAAAUAUGAACUGCUGAACUAACACAAGGAAUCUCACAACCUAAAGCUACACUAUGCAACUUUUCUGCUGAUAUUGCUUUGCCUUGAAUAUUCCACAGUACGACUUUAAAAGCAAAUUAAAUGACAGGUCUUUAUUACAAUUUUUUAAACAACACAGAGCUGCUCAAUUAUGGAAAAAAUCAUUAUCACGAUUAUUUUGGUCAAUAUUGAAAUCACGAUUAUUCAAACAAUUCAGCAUUUCUCUCUCUCAAAAAAAGCUUUCUUAUUGAUAAUUUAUGCAAAACUUUCAAAUUGAAAAUAAAUAUAGGCUACAAAUAUGAACUUUAGAGCUGUUUUGCGAUGUAUAAAAACAUAAAAUGAAUAAAAUAUACUUUGAACAUGAAAUAAAAAUAGAAAAACGUAACUUUAUCCAAAAUAAGUUAUAUAUGCAGCUGUUAUACAAUCUUUAUGUCUAAAAAAAUAAAAUUAAAAUACUUAUUUAUAUAAGAAAUAAAAUAAAAUAAACUUUGUUUAGCUUUAAAUCGUUUCAGCUUGAUUAUAUGAGUUUGGCGAUACACAAAAUCGAAAUUGUGAUCAAAAUUUGUUUAAUUGCACAGCCUUACAACAACAUGACAUUCUUACUGUGAGUGGACUUGCCUCUCCACAGAUCUGACUCGUAACUUCAUCUGGCAAUGUCAAUUUAAGAUGCAUACGUUUAAUACCAUACUAUGAAACAUUCAAGGCAAGGCAAUAACGUUCCCCUAGAGACGAGCGAAAAAGUUUGAAAAGUUACAUAGUGCGGCUUUUGGGAUUUUGCUUAACACAAACAAAAAUAUAUGAGUUUAAAUUUCUUUUUACUUAAUUUCAAAAUAUAGUGUUGAGAAAAAUACACAGACUUUUGUGACACCUAAAACGUUACAAGUUUGCCAAGUUUGAUCUCUCUCGUUAUAAUCUCUGUGUAGUGUCUUGCCCAAGGACGCUACAACAAUACAAACAAGAGAGAGCGAGAUUUGAACCGCCAACCUCUUCAGGCCUCUAACUGUUCCACUCAAGUGCAUGUAAAUCUAUUGAAAUCAAAGCAGAGAGUGCGAUCUGCCACAAAAACACAUGAACUUCUAUAGAAAAAAACCCUUUUGUACAAAGUAGUAUUACAAAUCCCAUAAUGAAGUACAACAAAACUGUGACUGCAGCUUGGAAUCAUUGAACAAUAAUAAUUUUAACUCAUUUAAAUGCUCUUUUUAACACAUUUCAAAAUCAUGCUGCUGGAAUUACAGGAGAAUUAGUUUAUAACAACUUUUUCUGUCCUGGUUUGCAAACAUUUGAACUGAAUCUGGAAUAGGGCUGGGUACCAUUCAAUAUUUUAAAAGUUUCUGGUUUGCGGUAACAUUUUAUAACCUGCCAUGGUUACAACAGAACAUGAAGUCCAGCCCUGUGAUGACAACAACGAAAAGCCAAGUUUUUAGGGGAUAAGGACUUUGUUUGUGUAUUUCCCAUUUUUCUUUCCCAAUCUAGACAUGUUUUAAAGUUAGAAAAUAUGAAAUAGUUAUUCCAAAAUGAUCAAAAGCAUGUUUAAAAUAGAAUAAAAGUCACAAGAAUAAUAACUACUGUAUUUUCAAGACUAUAAGUCGCUCCGGAGUAUAAAAGUCGCACCAGCCAAAAAAUGCUCAAAGAAGAAGAAAAAAACAUAUAUAAGUCGCACUGGACUAUAAGUUUGUAAAAUCAGAGACCAAGAACACACAUUUUAUCUUGAAAGGCAAGUUACAGUAAUAACAAAAGAACAGAGAACAACAGGCUGAACAGGCGUUAAUAUGUUAACAAUAUGAACAGUUAUUCAGAUAAUUAUAGCAUAAACAAUAUAACAUAAGUUUACCAAACUCACGAUCUCAUUCCAAAUCACUAAAUCCACUGAAUUCUUCAUCCUCGGUGUCACUUCUGCGUGACCUCCAGAAGUAAACCAUAGAUCUAUGAGGUAAACGGAGCGCCGCUUCCUCUUCUGUGUCUGUCGUGAGACUCUGCAUCUGUUCCAGUUAGAAUUAUUCCGGCCUGUCUGAAUCCCAACAGGAUGGUUUUGGUUGCCAUUGAAGUCCAGGCUUUGUCCAUCCAUCCAGUCACUUCCAGGAAAGUUGCAUGGUGCACCCGCCUGGUUACCGUGAAAGCUGUGUUCUCCAUCCCUGCUUUCCACUAGUCCCUCACAAGUUUCUCGCUCACUCCAAACUUUCUCUCUGCUACUCUAUUACCGUUUUUGGCUGAAUAUUUCAAUAUUUGCAGCAAGACAGUGGCUUUUUAUACAGGAGACAUGUGCAGUAGAGUGAAGUGACAGUGGUACAGGAGUAACAGGAGCAGCAGAUACUCACACACAAUCCUAGAGCCUCUCACGGCUGUCAGUGUGAACAUUUUAAUAUAUAAGUUGCAUCGGAGUGUAAGUCACAAGAAACGCCUAAACCAUGAAAAAAAGUGCGACUUAUAGUCCGAAAAAUAUCGGUACAUCUGACCUCUGUAUUCAAACCGUAUUCACAACAAACUCAUGGCUCUAUUAGCUGCCAAUGUUACAAUAGAACAUGAUGUCCAGCCCCUGAAGAAAAUGACGAAAAGCAAAGUUUUUAGGGGAUAAGAACUUUGUUUCUUUAUUUUACUAUCUUUCUUUCCCAUUCUAGAUUACUUAAAGUUAUAAAAUGGGAAAUAGUUAUCCCAAAAUGAUCAAAAUCAUGUUUAAAAUGGAAUUAAAGUCACAAGAAUGCGUCAUACAUGUUCUUUAGAAAUGAUUUAUUCAUUACAAAGUCUUUGCUCAUGCUUUAUUAAGGCUUACCAAAUAAUUCAAUAAGACAGUUUCUUCUUGGUAAAUUAUAACCUACAAUCUAAAGAUACACUCUGUAACUUUUUUGGUGGAGUGUCCGUGUUAUUGUUUUUUUUCUAGAAUGUUCCUCAGUAUGGCAUUAAGCAUGUUUAUUCUAAUUAGAGUAGUUUUUAUUGCUUAAGAAUACGCUGGAAAACAUACCUGCUUACUUUGAGCAGAGUCGCCUCUCCGCAGAUCUGACCUGUACCUUCACGCAGAUAGAUAAGUUUAAUGCAUUUAAUCUCCAUGGAUACAAUGAGAUGGCAUAGGCUCCACCGGAAAAGUUACACAAUGCAGCUUUAAAUGCAUUAGUUUGUGUAACGUAAUGGACGCUUAUGUUGUGAUAUCCAAAAUUACUCGCAAUACUUUCAAAACUGCAGUAGUAUUGUAAAUAUUUUCCACAGUAUUUUGAAUGGUACCCAGUCUCACUCUGACAGAACGCAAUUUCAAAACAUCAGUAUUUUUGUAGUCCAAUUUCCAGAGCACUUUAUGGGCAGAAAACAGAGGAGCAUGACUUUUACUACUUUUAGAAUUAAAAAAAACAUAGUAGUUUCUCUAUUAUAAGGCAAUGCAUUAUGGUUAUUUAUAUUAUUAACAAUUUAAUCAAACUUUAACCUCUUUUUACGACGUACAACUUUCAAUGCAACCACCAGAGGGCAGUCUUGUUUUACCUUUGGCAAAGAAAUGGUCUCUCAUUUCAACUUUACUUUUUGCUUUCUACAAUUUUAUGGUAAUAGAGCUGCUGAUUCACUUUACAUUGAUUCAUUCCAUAAGUUUUAAAGAGGGGGUGUUACACAAACUCAGCUUUUCUGGAGCUUUCUGCCAUGUUAUAAUGUUUUCCCUCAUCAAAAACACGCCUGAAGAGGUUUUAGAUGUCAUCCAUGCAUGUUUAAGUAAUCUAGCGAUCUCUCCCAGGCCUUAUUCAAACACUCCGUUCAGUUAGUUGUAAGAUUCUGUACAAGGCUCCGCCCACAAGCCUACCUCACCCAUGCUCCCACACGACAUUUCUCCAUAAAUAUACAAAAUCAUGAUACAAACAGUACACAACUUGACAAACCGCUGAUUGUGUUGUGAUAGUGCUCUGAAAGGGGAGUGACUUAGCGCGGGGAGCCUCAGAGCAUCAAAAACGAAGAUGAAAUUUCUAAAACAAAUACGUGAUUUGGGUGAAUAUAGCAUUUCCAAAUCAAUAAAAGGUAGCAUGAUGACCUAAAUAAGUUAUGCGUUCGCAGUUAAUAAGUUAAUACCCCACAGAAGUGUAAUACCCCGUCUUUAAACCGCGUCGUUGCUUAAUUUGUGGCAAAAUUCAACACAGUUUUAUCUGUUGCAAUGUUUAUAUUAGAUUUUAGGUUUUAUUUUUGAUUCAUUAACUACUAGUCCAGAAAAACGCAAACUCCACACACUUUGUUCACCAGGACAAGUGUGAUAUAUUUUCUGCAGCAUUCCACAUUUAUUUACUGUUAAAGGUCCUAUAUUACACCAAACUGAUUCUUGUGAGCUUUAAGACAUGAGAGAAUGUUGUUACCUCCUUAAAAACACACCUGGAGUUGGGUUUUGUUUCAUUCACACAUGUUUGAGUAAUGCUUGGUUGUGCUCUUGUGAUGCAGGAAAUUGUAGUUUUCAAGUUAACUCCUAUUUUAUGCCUAAUUUUGAACAGAGUGACUCUUAAAUACACUACAAUAACCUACAAUUGUUUAGUUGCGAUUGUAGAAAGAUUACAGAAAGUCUACAUCUGGUGCACCAAGGAGUAAAUCAGUUUCAACAAGAAUCAAACUAUAGAUGUCACUUAAAAGUGUGACAGUUCCAGGACUGAAAUGAUCCAAAUGAUUCUAGUGAAGGUGUAUAAAGUUUAGAAACACAGUGGAGCUUGAACAGAGUGUUUUCUGUUUGAGAGAAGAACUCAGUCUAAAUGUGCAGGGUUUGUGUGUUAAACAUGUGUGAAUGAAACAAAACACAACUCCAGGUCUGUUUGUGAUGAGCAAACAACAUUAGAAUUUAGAUUUUUAAAAAAGAAUAAUAUAGGCCCUUUAAUGACAAAUUACUGAAAAUCAAGACAAAACACUAACUUUUUUUUUUUUUUAACUUUUUACUUUAAUCUCAACAUUUCAUUGCAACCUGAAAAUGAGUUAAGUAUUUUAAGGUCACUACUUAAAGGUUCAUUGUGUAACUUUUCUGGUGGAGAAUUUGUCUGCGUGUCUCCAUGGAGAUGUUUUUGCUUUGCCUAGAAUGUUCCACACUAUGACUUUAAACCUAUCUACCUUGCAUUUGUUUAAUUACAGGUGUUUUAUUGCGCAAAAAACAGACAUUCUUACCAUGAAUGGACUCCCUUCUUCACAGAUCUGACUUUAACUUGGCCUAGUGGCAUCGCCUGUUUGUCACCAUGGAAACAAGUUUAAUAAAGCAGCCAAAAAUGUAAGUAAGAGUAGUUUCAAUAUAAUAUUGCUCAAGCAGAAGUACGUAAGUAGUGGUCCAAGAAAUUACUCAAAAUUUUAGUAAAAAGUAUUUGGGAAAAGUUCUACUCAAUUGUAGACUCUCAAGAUUAAGUUAAAGUAAAAAAAAGUACUAUUUCUUCGUAAAGUUACACAAGUAAAUGUAACUGAGUACCAUCCACGUCUGUAUUCUGUGAAACAUUCCAGGCAAAGCAAUACCAUCGCCAUAGAAACAAGACCAUCCACAAGAAAAGUUACAUAGUGCAGCUAUAAAACAAGUCCUUUACUCUACAAGAAUAAUCUCCUUAACCUAAUUUGAACUUUUAUUAUUUCAUUAUAACAAAGUGCCAAACUCCGCGUUAAGGGCAAACUACUCCGCACACGCCAACACUAGCAACAUCUGCACAAACGAUUCUCACAAACAAAAGUGCUGCUGAUACAGACACGCAAACGAUUCUGGAGAUUUCAAUUUCAGGACUGAAUUAUUAUUAUUAUUAUUAAAGAUCCUAUAUUACGCAAAAUGGACUAAUGUGAGGUUACCUCCUCAAAAACAGACCUGGAGUUGUGUUUUGUUUCAUUCACAUGUUUGAGUAGCUCUUUAUUUUUUGUCUCCAGUGUACAUCUCCAAACUCUAAAUGCUCCGCUCCACCUUGUGAUGUUAUGAAAUGAUAAAACACAACUCCAGAUCAGAAAAGAGCGUAAUAUGGGCCCUUUAAACCUACUAGAAGCUCUCAAUUAGUGCAAAAACCUACAAGGGCCUACUUUUACCAUCUUAAAUGAUCCUUUUAUAUUAUGCACAAAUUAAAGCUGUUUUUUAUUUGCAUUUUAACAACGUGUUUGUGAAAUUUCAUACCAAAAAAACUACUCUCUUUCAAAGUGCCAUGACAUUUGAAGUAUUUACAGAGGUUUUUACCCGUUGUUGUACUCGCAUUGUAAAGCAUCGAACACUUAUUUGUGUCAUGACGGCGUAAACGGCUUUCUACAAGAUUUGAAAAUUGUAAACGAAAUAUGUGAAUUCUGUUUAUGUGAAAUGUCUCCUGCAGUAUUAACCCAGCCCUUCUGUUGGACCAGUAUUUUAGUGCUCUGCUUCUCUGAACUGCAGAGGUGGGUAGAGGAACCAAAAACGUACUCGAGUAAAAGUAAAGUCAAUUCAAAUAAUGUUACUGGUAAACAUAAAUAAAGACUUUGGAUAGGACUAAAUAAAUAAUAUAAAUCAUCAUAAUAUAAAUAAAUAAUAUUGGAUAAGACUAAAUAAAUGAACACUAUCGGAUAGGCCAAUAAGGAUUUUUUUUUUUUUGAACCAAUAGCCAAUAUUUGCCAGUACCUUUUAAAAUUCAUAGCGAGGCCCACAAAUAUGUCUUAAGUGCAAUGAUCACUUAUUGACUCUAUGUAAAAUAAUUUAAUACUUGUUACAUAUUUCUGUACAUACAACUCUAAAACACUCUUCUAUUUUUACUCCUGGGUCUGUUCAAACAGGGCACUCAGAGAAUGGGACAAAAACAACUGGUACUGAAUACCAAUAAUCAGCUGAUACCAAUAUCGACCAAUCAGAAUCAAUAACAGCCGAUAUUGGAGCCAAAGUAUUGCCCAUUUUUAAACUUGAUUCAUGAUGAACAAAUAGUUUAUUAAGAGUGAUUCAGGCUUAGUGAUACUUCAGUAAGCCCCAAACCCCUUCAUUAAGUAGUUACUAAGUCAUUAUGAAUUAAAGCCACACUAUGUAACUUCAGAUUGUGUUGCCUGCGUCUUUACUGUGAGCAGGACUGUAUCUCCACAAACCAAAUCCAUGUUGUUCCUUUGGCUCUAAUAUUCCACAGUAUGGCAUUAAACAUGUCGUCUCCAAUUAAGACCAAUUAAUUCAUACUUAAUUCAUGUGUAAUUAUUAUAAAGUGAUACCUGUAUUACUCAAAAAAAAGUAUAAGAAAUAGUUCAUGUAAGAGUAAAGUAUUUGGUAAACUACUACACAGGUUGUAACAUCUGAUUUAUAAUUUGAACUGAAUGCACUUGAGUAAUGAGUACUGUUACACUGUACUAAUAUAACUUAAGUAAAAGUAUAAGUAUGAAAACAAAUCAGAGAAAUACAAUUGUAUUUGAAAAGUUACUUGAGUAAAUGUGACUGAGUACUGCCCACCUCUGUAGGUAAGUGAUGCUACAUAUACAUCCGAAUGUCUCUAUCACUCCUUAAGUGCAAUACCUGCUCUGUACUACCCCCGGCCUGUUACCCACAAUGCUUUGCUCACUCCAGAAUGUGGCCGGCCUCAGUAGGAUCCUGUAUAAUGUACAUGGCUCUAGCUUCUCUUCUGUUUAUGUCAUUGUACAGCUCUUUCAUAAUGCCUUACAGGUGAAUGUAUAUAGUGUAAAGAUUUUGUUUCAUAUAAUGGCCACUAGUUAAAUGUGUAAAUAAAUCUCUUGACAAAUGAAGAA